GGACAUUGUUCUUCUAUUUGGAUUGCAGUCAGAACCAGCAUCGAGCGUAUUGAAAUAAUCACCAUCCUCACUCUGAUAAGAAGCGCGACUGGUACGCCCGGCUCGAGACCGAGGGCAGUGUAGCAUAGUAAGCCCGACCGAAAAGGAUUGUGUGUGAGCCACGCUUAGUGACACGCUUUUUCCGUGAUUUGCGAUUGUGAUAGCGUAGCAGCAACGCAGCGUUGUUGCGCAGUGCAAAGUGCAGCCCCUUAUUUCGCACAGGAAAACAACUAGCAGCUCAGCGUCUGCCUAGACACGGCAAAGAUGCAUUCGCUUCGGACCCCGUUCGUUUGCCUGCUGCUGGUGGUAGGAUUAGCGGUGUGCAAUGCUCAAUCGGAGCUCCCACCAACGACUGAGGCAGUGACAAAUACUAGCGAUGUACCAUUUAACACGACUACGUCAACCACACCGACGACAACUACAACGACGACAACGACCACUACCACCACUACUACUACAACGCAGAAACCGACCACUACCACCGCUCCCUCGACUACAACGGAACCGGCCCCGUCCACCACGACGGUUGCGCCGACACCGAAACCCAUGCCGGAACCGGACAUGGGCAGCUGGAGCUACACGGACACGAGCAAAAACGAAACCUGCGUCAUCGCUCAGAUGGCCAUGCAGUUCAACCUGAGCUACUUUGACACCGACGGCAAACCGGUGAGCGUGCUGUACAAUCUGCCCAAGGAUGCGAUCGUCAAGUCGGGCCAGUGCGGGAACGUGACCGACUACAUCGAGCUGAGCUGGGCGAUGGACAAGCAGAGCAACAACUACAGCUCGCUGCGCAUCGACUUUGCGCUGAACGGCACCGAGCACGAGUUCGCUUUCACCGGGCUGGCCCUGCAGCUGCCCGUUGUCGGCGACUCUUUCCCCAAUGCGAAGCCGCAACAGCAGCUGGUGCUGAGCAACAACCAAACGCUGUUCAAAACGCCGCUGGAAAUGUCCUACCACUGCAACAAGGCGCAGCAGUUGAACCUGACGUCGGCCGCGGCCGGCCUGAGCGAGCAAACCGUCACCGUCACCAAGCUGCAGCUGGAAGCGUUCCACCGGAAGUACAAUGGCAAGUUCUCGAUCGCCAAGGACUGCGAAGCCAUCGACACGCCCGACAUUGUGCCGAUCGCGGUCGGCUGCGCGCUGGUGACGCUGAUCAUCAUCAUGCUGAUCGCGUACCUGGUCGGGCGCAAUGCGGCCCACAACAGUGGCUAUCUGAGCAUGUAAGAGCAUGGUCUCUGUACCCCCUAAACUACUGGCUCGUGCAGACUGUGUGUGCGUGUGAAGUUCCCAUCCCCAGUUUGUUGUAAAGGAUCGGUCCCAUCAGGCGCAGGCAAACUCCCUCUCUCCCUCCCGCAUACUACGGUAUUCUGACAGAGCGAGCAUCGUAUUUGCAAGUCAUGAUGACGAUCCUUCCCUGUCGCUAUCUUUAGUUGAACUCUUACAGCCCCAAUUUAACAAUCUCUGGAUAAAUGGGCGUCUUUUCUUUGCCUGUGUGGUGGUGGUCGUCGACUAGCAAAACAGUUGCGGGACAGUGGUUGGGUUUGUGCAUAAGAUUAGAGGCGUCGUCAAAUCGGUGUUGCGUUUUGAUAUGGAAAAGCAUCGUGAUAAAAGGCCAAUUAAAACCAUUUUGUUCUAUUCUCUAUCCAACACAAACUACCAGCGCAGCGCUAGCACGAAUUUGUAUUUUUUUUUUUUUCGGACGGAGCUAAACAAUUUUGACUUUGGGGCGAUGGUUGAUUAAUUGGAGAAAAAGGUAUUGAUUUUUCGGACGCGUUUUGAUUCUGUACCGUCCGUUAAAAACAACAUUGUUGCUGCUGCUGCUGCUGCUGCUGCAUGCUAUUAUGGGAAUUAUUUACGGCAAACGGGAAUGGUUUUUGGGGAAUGGCAUUUUGCUGAUUGUUAUCCGUCGACUGGCUGAAUGUGAAACUAGAAUGAUAAAUAAACACACACACACAGUACAACAGAGGA